GGUAAACAAUGGCACAAAGUCGUACCAAGAUCAUUAAAAGUUAAUUCUAGUUCCGGGCCGUAUGUUUAUCUGUGAGUAACCGCGUAGAUAAAGUCAGUUGACAAGCAGGUCCCGUCACAACCAUUUAACUUUAUCGUAGAAGGCGAAAAGAUAGUUGGUUGUUUGCAAGACAAUGGAAAAGAAGAUAAUUUCAGAGAAUGUAAUAUGUGACAUCGGUGAUACGGCUAAUGAAGUGGCUGCAAAAAGCUGUGUUCGUAUUGUGGUAGAAGAAGAUAAUUCUACAGAAUGUGAUCAAACAACACGGAAAGUGUGUAGCGUACAAAAAGAAAGUGAUUUAAAAACAACAAGCAAAGCGUACAUUAAAACGUUUUAUCAAAAUGAGUUUAUUAAACUGUUUUUGCUGAUAUCUUGGUUAGUGAUCAAUAUCUUUUUAUUUGUAUGGUCAUUUCUCAAUUUCAAAAAUGACGAAACGUUUUCUUAUAUGUAUUUGAUGUGUGGCGAUUAUAUUUUUAUCUCCCGUGCAUCCGCUUUGGUGAUUAAUUUCAACUGUGCAAUUGUUCUGUUACCAAUGAAUCGAUUCAUUAAUUCCUGGAUACGCACACAAUUGCUAAAGGAUACGAAGAGUGUGCUAAGACGAAUAUUUGAUCAUAUGAAGAGUCUCCAUAUACUAUCCGCAUUUGGCAUCUGCAUCGCAAGUGUGAUUCAUACAAUCUUUCACUUGGUUAAUAUUUUCUACUUUCGUCAAAACUUUUCUGAAGUUGUAAAGAGUAUCAACAUUGCAGAAUCCAAGGAAGAUACAACUCUAUGGAACUUUCUAUUAACUGUGCCUGGAUGGACCGGAGUUUUAAUGUUGCUCAUAUUGGCUUUAAUUGUUAUGACGUCACUAAAAGUCGUUCGGACGAAGCGUAAUGAAGUGUUUAAGCAUGUCCACCAUUUAUCGAUCAUCUUUCUACUCUUGUCAAUGUUUCACGGAUUUGGAAAUGUGACAAAGUACAUAGGUAACAUUGACUUACAUCCAAAGGAAUGUCAUGAUAUAAAUGCCUAUAGUAACUUACCACAGUGUACAGAAAAACCACAAUUUGUGCACGUUACACCAUCGAUUUGGAAAUGGAUAAUUGGACCAUUGAUUCUUCAUUUAAUUGAUCGCGUUAUUCGUUUUGUUCGUUCAUUAAAAACUUGUAGUUUAGUUGAGGCAAAAAUACACAAUGGAAACGUGUUAGAAUUAUUAUUUGUAAAACAAGGAUUCAAAGCCAGACCAGGACAGUAUAUUCUUCUGCAGUGUCCAGAAAUUGCUGAAUUUGAAUGGCAUCCGUUUACUCUUACCAAGUGUCCUUCUGGAAGCGGAGAAGUUGAGAAGAGAUUUUCAGUUCAUAUAAAAGUGUCAGGUGAUUGGACAGGAAAGCUGCUCAAUUUUAUCACAUCAAUGUCCGAGAAAAAGGGUAACUUAAAGAGAAGAGGGAGUACUUGUAUUGUAUCAAUAGAUGCUACUCCAUUACCAACGUUUAGAGUUGAUGGUCCUUACGGAAGUCCCAAUCAGGAUGGUUUUGACCAACGUGUUAAUGUUAGUAUCGCUGCUGGUAUAGGAAUCACCCCGUAUGCAGCUGUUCUUAACUAUUUGAAGUAUUUUAAGCCUGAGGUGGUGCAUAAGAAUUUUAAACUUGAAAGAUUACAUUUGAUUUGGGUUUGCAAAGAUGUAAACGAGUUUAGUUGGGUUGUUGAUUUGAUCAAAGAUGUGGAAAGUCACCUACGACAUAUAAAUAGAGAAGACAUGUUACAUUGUCAGCUGUUCGUUACACAAGAAUAUAAGAUCAACAUAAUAUCCCAUUUACAAUUAAAGAAUGCUAACUUAGCUGAAACUGAAGAAGAUAAAACUGAUCAAUGGCUGCAAAAUAAAAUAAAAUGUGGUCGACCAGAUUUCAAAGAAGUGCUUUUUAAAAUUGCUUCACUGUAUGAAAAGCAAAAAAUUGGGUUGUUUUAUUGUGGCGCAAAAUCUUUGGGAAAAUUAAUUAAUGAAGUAAGCAUGAAAAUCAACCAUCGUGGAAAUACAUACAUAUUCAGAAAAGAAAGUUUUUAACACGUCGCUAGCUAGAAGAAAAGCUGAUGAAUUAUUGUAUGUUUGCUGGUUUUAAAGAAACGAGACUAUAUUUAAAAGUAAUUUCUUAGCGCAUUUUUAGUAAUCUAAUUUAUAUAAAUAAUAAAAUUGUAAAAUAGUGUAGAUAAUUUAAUAUAAAGAAUUAUUAUUUUAAGUUUGAUUUCUCACAGACGCUUAUAAUUUUUCUUGUUGUGUUUCUUGCUAUUUUUAGCAAUACAAAUUAUUU